AUGGCUGCGGAGCUCCAGCUGGCCAAUGCGACCUCUCACACGUCCACUUCUUCCUCGCCGAAUCUCCUGCCAACGCCUAUAUCCUCAUGCUUCUCAGAAAGUCGAUCAGUGUCCGGUAUCUCCUCGAUAUCUAGUCAGUCCAACGCGUCGGACCCCCGAAGAUCCGUGUCGGGGUCGACAUCGAGACGACGUGGCUAUGUCCGCCCUCAAGGAGCCAAUUUCGCCCAUUCGGCACAGCAAAGAGAAAGUGUCAUGAGCCUCGGCAGCAUUGCACAUCUUCAAUACUAUUUUGCUCGUACAGGCUUGCUCGAUGGCAAAGGUGGUCAGAUGGCGAAGAAGAAGAAGAAUGGCGAGUACGACAUACCCAAGAUCUCUGACAGACCCGAGUCCGAGUCCCCCCUCGAUGAGGAAGUCCAGAUGAUGUGGGAAGCAAUGCAAGAAGAUGGUGAAGACAUCAUGCUACCACCAACUGUGUCCACCUACAGUCACCGACAGCAAAUCAUCACCCCUUUACCAGAUCAAAAAUCUUUGAAGCGAGAGUUGGUCGAGGCCCUUGAGAACUCGCUUCAAGCGAUAGAGGCAUGUGAGAGGACGGCGGAGUCGGAUGAAGCCCCAACACAAGGCUUUCACGAAGUUCAAGGUCUCCAUGUCCUCGAUACCACUACUCUAGCCAUCAAGGCAGCCCGAGAUUACUAUACACAGCAUCCAAAUCCUGAGCGACUUAGUGCCGUGCGGCCUGUGCAGCAGCUGCGAAAAGAGCUUUACUCGGUACUCGAAGUGCUGAAGAAGUGUGCGGCAAGAAAUUUCGUGGGAGGCUUCAAGGAAGAUGAGCGGCUGGCAGUAUUGAUUUGGGUCAGCGAUGUUGGCAUGAUGAUCGACCAAGAGGCCAAGCUUGAAGAGAAGGAGAAGAAAGAGCGGAAAGACUGGGGCUGGAUGGAAGAUGCAAAAUGGGCUGGGAACGAAACUGGUCGCGACCUGAAUUUCCUGCACUUCCUCUUCAAGAAAGCAAAGGUCGACCUACCGUCCGAUGCGGUCCCUCCCGGGCCCGAGUUCUUCAGAAGCCUAGCUGAUGGACGUGACCUAAAUCGUAUGCACAAUGUUGCGGUGAAGGAGUCGAAACGGCAGUUCAAUCUUAUCGACUCCUGGCAUGAGGACACUGCGAAGCCUUACCGUCGAGCCGACAAUCUGCGAUUCUGGGUCAAAGCAGCAGAGUUGAGAUGGGAGGUCAAGCUCAAGUUCGAUGUCAUGGGCGUAGCCAAUCAGAAAGAAGACGACGCUGUGUGGGAUUCCUUCGAAGCUGCUAUUCGCUCCUGGGCCCAACAUGUUCGCGCUGAGCUCACCAAAGAUUGGAACGGUGAAGAGGAACGGAGGUUACAUGCCAGAGCUAAGAGCCUGGCUUUAGCCUCCCCCAUGGGCAGCCCCGCAAAAAGGCACGCGGCGAAGAUGGGCAGAGAUCUGAUGGCAACAGGCAGUCCUGGGCCCAGCCCAUCCUCGAGCACCGCGAGCUUGAAUGCGGCCGUCAAUCCGGAAAGCGAGGAGAUCCCGCCUGUACCUCCCAUUCCAACCGACAAGGUUUAA